AAGUAAUAUGAAUAUUUGAUGAUGAUGAUGAUGAUGAUGAUCCUUAUAUAUAUAUAUAUAUUAUAUAAUUAUUUCGUGUUGAUACCCAUCUUCCACCUUCUUCAGUUUCUUCCUUCUCUCUGCCACCCCUUCUCUGUCUUCUCUCUUCUUCUUCUUCUUUUGUGUCAAACUUGUGCGGGAAGCAUGGCUCUUUCCGGGGUUAGUAAAGAUAGAGAGUUGAGAAUUCAUGAAAGUUUGGAUGAGCUUAGCACUGAUUUGGCAGACUACAUUGCUGAAAUAUCAGAGGCAGCGGUGAAGGAGCGCGGCGUCUUUGCAAUGGCUUUAUCUGGUGGUUCUCUCAUUGGAUUAAUGGGAAAACUCUGUGAAGCUCCUUUUAACAAGACUGUAGACUGGGCCAAGUGGUAUAUUUUUUGGGCUGACGAGCGUGUUGUGGCAAAAAAUCAUGUUGAUAGCAAUUACAAGCUUGCAAAGGACCGGUUUUUGUCUAAGGUACCUAUUAUUCCGAGCCAUGUGCAUUCCAUUAAUGAUUCAGUGUCAGCAGAGGAGGCUGCUGAUGAGUACGAGUUUGUCAUUCGACAGUUGGUGAAAUCUCGUGUGAUCAGUGUGUCAGAUAUAAGUGACUGCCCCAAGUUUGACCUAAUCCUCCUAGGAAUGGGCUCUGACGGCCAUGUUGCCUCGCUAUUCCCUAACCACUCAGCGCUCGAGGAGAAAGAUGAGUGGGUAACCUAUUUAACUGAUUCCCCCAAACCUCCACCUGAGAGAAUUACAUUCACUUUGCCCGUCAUCAACUCAGCAUCCAACGUAGCUGUAGUCGUGACAGGUGAAAGCAAAGCGGAGGCUGCACACCUGGCAGUAGAUGGUGUGGAUCCGGACUUCCCAUCAGUGCCUGCUGGAAUUGUCCAGCCACUGAAGGGGAAUUUGGCAUGGUUUAUGGAUAAACCAGCAGCCUCAAAACUCAAUGGCUUUCAAUUUUCCGAGUAGGGUCGAUCCCUUCAUGUCAAAAGUGUAUGCUUUGUUUUUAGUGGAGGGAUUCGACACCUGUGGUUCCAUUUCUUUUUCAUUUAGUCACCUUUUGUUCAAGUCUUUUGUGUUAAUUUCCCCAUCUUGCCUCGUCUUCCUCUCUUCUUUGAUGGGGUUAGAGAAGUGUGAGUGCCCUUUUGUAAGAAGAGGUCAAUAAAGCUGGGGUCUUUAAUGCAAAAGCCAUUUCUGGUUCUACUUGCUAAUAGGAAUUACUGAACAUUGGACGAAAUUCUCGACUGGAGCCUGAUUGGCAUUUCGAAGAGUACCUUCUAUAUAUUCAGCAAGAGCCAAUUUUUCUGUUA